AUGAUAGGAUUUAAUGAAGAUGUUAUGAGGUCAUUGGUGGAUGAUGGUAGUGUGGAACAUAAAUGGGAUAGCUAUGACAACACACAUUUCUUAUGUGGUUUUCCAACAGAAGUGGACUUUUGCUUCCAACAAGGUCAAACAUCUACUGCUCCAAUAACAUACAAAUUGUCUGUUAAAGGACCUAUUGAACUAGCAACUGAAAACGUACCAAAGCCACUUAUUGGAUUUAUGAGGGAUUGUUGCUUUGCAAUACAAGUAAGACAGUCAGGCAUACCAAUAAUAAGACUUGACGACUAUAACUUAGCAACUGACGACAGUGAGGAAUAA